CCUUCCCUCUCUGUCACCGCCAGCUUCCACACACCUCGUCGGCACGGAACACCGCCCCCCGAGUCAAGGGUCAACCCACCCACCCACCGAUCUCCGUCCGUCCGUCGACCAUGGGAGCCGGCCAGGACCUGGAGGCCGGCGCCGGCGACGGCGGCGAGAAGGGGAUGGCCCACUCCUCCUCCUCCGGCCCGCUCCCGCCGUCGGAGCCGCCGCACCUGCGGGGCCAGGACCCCGCCCAGUACCAGUACGGCCAGCAGCAGCAGCCCUACGCGCCCGCCGACCCCUACUACGCGCAGGGGUACCAGGCCGCCCCAGGUUAUGGUCCUGUUGUUCAAGGUAGGCCUGUUGAAGGAAGACCCAUGAGAAUGCGGCGCCUUCCAUGCUGUGGGCUCGGCAUGGGCUGGCUUCUGUUCAUUGCUGGGUUCUUCUUUGCUGCCAUUCCGUGGUAUAUUGGUGCAUUCAUCCUAAUCUGCGUCCGGGUACAUGACCACAGAGAGAAACCAGGAUAUGUUGCCUGCACUGUUGCUGCUAUAAUUGCGGCCAUUGUUAUACCCCUUGGAGUAACAAAAGGAACAGACUCGUGGUGAGCCACCACCAGGUCUUGGCAGGCGGUUCUGUUGCUGAAUAUAAACAUCGUUAUUUCAGGCCCAGUUACAUGAUAGGUUACAAAGUCUGCUGGUUGCAUUUCAUGUAUGAGUGUGUCUUGUAUACAUAUAUGUACAGUAAAAAGAGUGGGGCUGCAUCUUCGAUGUUCUCUUGUAUCGAUACUCGGUACUUAUAGUGUGUAAUAAAAGCUUGAAUGUACAACACAUAUCUUUCUCGAGGUUACCUCUCUUUCAAACUUGAUGUUGAAAUUUGAUGUAUCACUCAACAGUUGUUACCCCUCCUUGGAGUAACAAAAGGGGAACAGACUCGUGGUGAACUGCAACCAGGUCUUGGCAGUGGUUAUGUUGCUGAAUAUAAGUGGUGGUUAUUUCAGUUCC